CAGAGAGUAAAAAUCACCUCUCUUUUUCCGCUUUAAAUCACCUCUUUAGCACUCAAAAGAGCUUUCAUGCGAAAAAUGCAGAGUUCAGUGGACACUGAAAAACCCAUUUCAAGUGGAUCCAAAUCCGGGUCAAACUCGGCCGACCUCUUGGUGGGUCAAAGGGUCCAUUUCGCCGGAGAUACCCGUCGGAUUGGAACAGUGAAGUACGUGGGAGGAGUAGAAGGCUAUGAGGGAAAGUGGGUCGGUGUUGAUUGGGAUAAUGGAGAUGGCAAGCACGAUGGAUCACAUAAUGGGGUUCGCUAUUUCGAAGCUCAAGGCCCAAAAACGGCGUCGUUUGUUCGACAUCACAAUCUUAGCUCCGGGAUACCACUCUUGAAGGCCCUUGAGAUUAGAUAUCAUGGAGAAUCCACUAAAGAAGAAGAAGAUGAGAUGUAUGUUCUUUCUGCGACAAACAAACGGGUAUCUAUUCAGCUGCUGGGUAAAGAUAAAAUUCAAAACAAGCUGAGUCGGUUUGAGGAGUUGACAAGUGCUUCACUUGCUUAUUUUGGGGUUAGCUCAGCUGGACCCCAAGGGCAUAUCAAUACCACUAUACCAAGAAAACGGACAUUUUUGGGACGGAACAAAGAUGAAAAGUCGAUGUUUGAUUGGGGUGAACGAAGUAAUAGAUGAUAGUAGUUGGGUUCUUUUUAUUUACAUGACGGUGAUUAGCCGGACCAGCUUGCGCUCACAUAUACUAAUCCAUCGAGGGCCUGCUACAACAUCCAAGCCUGCUACAAUGUACAAGCAUAGAUGUCGAGUAAACCUAUGCACCAAG